UCCUGUGAGCAAAUCGUUCGCUCGAUCUCGCUCUGUCGAUCGGGUCAGCUAGUGGAGGCCAUUUUAUUCUUGUGAAUGUAACUAAGUAUUUUUGAUUUUAGUUCAAAAGCAAUAGUGUAAAUGUGUGCCUGCAUUAAGUGGCUUUUGUGACGUGUGUUUGUGCUUAAAAAUAGAGGAUGUACGUGUUUCAAAUGAAAUUGUGUUGACCUGCCCAUUUUUACACGGUCGCCCAAGCAGGGAUCGAUUAGUGCAAGGCAGCCUCUAGUAUCGAGGAAUCGAGGCGUUGUAAUAGUUUCUUAAGUCCGCCAUGGGCAACAAUGCUGCCACCGCCAACAAGAAGGUGGAUGCCGCCGAAAGCGUCAAAGAGUUCCUCGACCAGGCUAAGGAAGACUUCGAAGAAAAAUGGAAAAAGAACCCUACCAACACCGCCGGACUGAAUGAUUUCGAGCGAAUCAAAACGCUCGGUACGGGUUCUUUCGGCCGCGUCAUGAUAGUUCAACAUAAGCCCACAAAGGAAUAUUAUGCUAUGAAAAUAUUAGACAAACAAAAAGUAGUCAAAUUGAAACAGGUCGAACAUACGUUAAACGAGAAGAGAAUCUUGCAGGCGAUCAAUUUCCCUUUCCUUGUAAGUCUUAAGUUCCAUUUCAAGGACAAUUCCAACCUGUAUAUGGUCUUGGAGUAUGUUCCCGGCGGAGAGAUGUUCUCCCAUUUGAGGAAAGUAGGUCGCUUUUCCGAGCCCCAUUCGAGAUUCUACGCUGCACAAAUAGUGUUAGCAUUCGAAUACCUACAUUACCUCGACCUCAUAUACCGAGAUCUCAAGCCUGAGAAUUUGUUGAUCGACUCUCAGGGCUACCUGAAAGUAACCGACUUCGGUUUCGCCAAGAGAGUCAAGGGCCGCACAUGGACUUUGUGCGGAACACCCGAGUACCUCGCACCGGAAAUCAUUCUGUCCAAAGGCUACAACAAGGCCGUGGACUGGUGGGCGCUGGGGGUCCUUGUGUACGAGAUGGCGGCAGGUUACCCGCCGUUCUUCGCCGACCAGCCCAUACAGAUUUACGAGAAAAUUGUGUCAGGUAAGGUCCGCUUCCCUUCACACUUUGGUUCAGAUCUGAAAGAUCUUUUACGCAACCUUCUACAAGUAGAUUUGACAAAACGAUAUGGCAACCUCAAGGCUGGUGUUAAUGACAUAAAAGGACACAAAUGGUUUGCUAGCACCGACUGGAUAGCUGUUUUCCAGAAGAAGAUUGAAGCACCAUUCAUCCCUCGCUGCAAAGGGCCUGGUGAUACAAGCAAUUUUGAUGAUUACGAAGAGGAGGCACUGCGUAUCUCAUCAACAGAGAAAUGUGCAAAAGAAUUUGCUGAGUUCUGAGCUAUUAGUUGGUGCCUGUAUGUGGGCAGGCCCGAGAAAGAGCAUUCGGUACUUGUGAAUCUGUGAAUGUUGUCACAGCAGUGAUGUGUGCAUUCUAUAGCUGAUGGUCUUGGGUUGUUAUAGACGUUAAUGCGCCCCCAAGCUGUCACUUUCACAAUGGAGUGCAAACAACAUGAUAGUUGUACUGAUUUCUGAUAUUUUGGUGGAGUUAAUUUGCUUAGUGUCCUUUUGUUUUGAUAGAAGAGUGGAUAAGGGAAGGUAUACCUUGUCUAAGUGAUAUCCCCAUGAUGUACCAAUGGUGUAAAUUACAUAAUUUUGUGCACACAGUUUUUAAUUCAAUUGUUUACAAUAGCACUGAUAAGCUUUGACAUACAUGUUUGUUUUUUUAAAUCAUUCAAAAUUAGGCUAUGUUAAUUGAUGAUGUUUUUAUUAUUACUUUUAAGAACAAGAUGUUUGUCAGAUCGUUGUUUAGUAUUGCACUAUUGAAUUGGUAAGCUAUUUCAGUCACUUUACAGCUUUAGUGUUAAAUUCAAUGUAACUAAGUCCUCAAGGAAUGUUCUAGUGUAGGUUUUAACUUUUUUUUUGACCUUUUGUUAAUAUUUUUAAUUUAUAAAAUGUUUUGUUGAAACAAUUGAUAUUUUAUUAGGAGCCAGUAACUGUAACAUGAGAGAUUAAUUUAUUUUUUGUGUAGUCAUGUUCAGUUGUGCUAUUCAACCAUGUUUAUGAUCUGUUGUAAGGAUAUGUUUGGUAUUUAAGUUUAAUUUGUAUAGUUCCUUAAUUAAGAUGCAAGUUCAUUCUGUUGAUUGGCAGCAUUUUUAUCAUCUGCUGUAACACUUAUUGCUAACAACAGUUGUCAAAAAGCAAUAACUUUAGAUUUUUAUUAUAUUUAAAUCAGUGUUCAAUAUACAAUUAUAUUAAGCACAAAGUUGAUGAGAGAAAUAUUUUACAUUUAAUACAUUAACAAUUUAUAGAUAUUGUCCCAUAUUUUAUAGGAAAUAUUGUCAUUUUAGUCAAUGUUGCCAGAUUUUGAAUAAAAAUUUCCUUUUUGUAAUUAUCAGGCUGGUGUUACCAAUAGGUGUAUAAUUAGUGUAUUAAUUUUGGCACAGCUGAUCUUGAAUGUACUUUGAAUGGUGAAGGUAUUGCUGGUUCAUCAUAUUGUUUUUUUUUUAGCUAUUAGAUGUAGGAAUUUGAAUCCAGGCUGUACAAAUAAUUAUUUAGUUAUUUGUAGUGAAUUUUACAUUGUGAAAACAUUGUGUGUUUGUGGUUUAGAGUCAUUAGUAUGAAUUUCCUAAUGUUACUUAACAAUUUGGUAUGUAUUCAGCUCAUAUUGCUAAAGAGAAGUACAUAGCUACAUUUAGAGUUCAUAUAACAUUUAAAUUGUCUAAAAAAUGAUUUAAAUAUUAGUCAUAUCAGAGUUACUACUUAAAAUAUUUAUUCUAAAUAUGUCCAUCUAUGUAGGUUUAGCAUUUGACCAAACGCUUUCUCUGUGUAUAUGGUAUUUGUAUCACAUUAAGAGUUAAUAUUCUACACGCUAAGUUCUUGCUUAUUUCAGUAUCUUGUGGAAAAUGAAUAACAUUUUGAGAGUUACUUUUUAAUAUAAAAAAUUAACUUUUUUUGCGACUUAACUAUAUUGUUAUACCGGUGCCAUAGAUGUUUUAGAUGUCAAUGUGUAAAUAUAUCUUUAAGGUAUUACUUUUUUGUUAAUUUUAUUACAUUAAUAUAUUUUUGCAUCACAGUACUGGCCGCUAUCGCUUCAAGAUUGCACAGUUUGUAAUUCGCUUUACGCAACUCAAACUGUUAGAAUAAAUUAAAAUUGUCUGGAUUAUAAAAUCUUAUACUAUACAAGAAUAUAUCGUAAAGGUUAAAAUUGACAGAUAAAUAUAGUAAUAUAUUGUAGUUGAUAUUAACUACUAGACAAUUGUGAAAUCUUUAAUAGUAAUAAGGAGUUUAAAGCUGUUUAUUUUAUCUGUGUAAAAGUGAAAUUAAUUUAUUUCUUGAAGUUUUUUAAGUGUUUGUGCUAAAGCUAUUGAUAUUUGGUCACAGCAAGACAUUUUUAAAGCAUUCAUAUAGAGAUAAGUUUUUUUUUUUCAAUAAUAUUGAUCCAUCAGACAGAAAGAGUUCAUCUCAUGCAAAUGAUUCAGAUGUUACUGUUUUUAUCAGAUGGGUUGAUAUCUAAUAUUGUUGAUUAUCAUUGUAUAUAAAAUUAGAGUGAAUGUGUUCCCAUUAGGAUUUUCAAUAUCAGCUUUUCGGUAUGUGCAAAUCUUCAUUCCAUUAGUGACAUACUCAUUUUCAUGAAUCUGACACUGUUAUGUGAACUUAACCAUUUUCAAUUUAAAAAUACAUGUGACCUUUUGUGUAAUCGAGAUUCUUUUAUAAUCUGUGUAACUUAAUGUUAUAAUGUUCACGAUUAGAUCUAUUGUAUCGAGUGCCUAUAGCAUUGGUUCAAAUGUAAAAAUUCAGUUGAUUUCAAUAAUUUGUCACCAUGUAUUGAUCUUCCAUAAAUUACGAUGAAAUUAAAAAUAUCGAUGUAACAGUAUA